CCCCGCCUGCAGGAAGCAGGAAGCAGGAAGUCUGUCCACCAAGAAGCCGAGUACGUAAACAAAUACAAAAAGAAGCUAAAGUCGGACGACUUGGCUACAAUGUCUACCGUUAAAGCUCUGGUCGGGUUGUCCUUUAGUGGUGCCAUUGGGCUGACAUUUCUGCUUCUGGGUUGUGCACCGCCACAGUAUGGAGUUUACUGGCCGAUGUUUGUCAUGGUUUUUUACAUCUUGAGCCCGAUCCCAGGCAUGAUAUCAAAGCGUCUGAGUGACAGUUCUGACGCUUCCCACAAUCCCUGCAAAGAGCUGGCCUAUUUCAUAACAACUGGCAUUGUUGUAUCAGCUUUUGGGCUGCCCAUUGUCCUCGCCCGCAACACCACAAUCGCGUGGGGGGCCUGUGCCUUUGUGAUUACAGGAAACGUCGUUGUCUUCCUCACAAUCUUUGGCUUUUUUGCGGUGUUUGGAAACAGUGAUGAGUUAGGCUGGGAGCAGUGCUAAGGUGAUUAGAGAAAGUGGGCAGACGGAAGGAUGGAUGGAUGACUCGGCUGCAGACAAAGGUGCACAUGUGAUCAAUGUGAUCAAAAGUGUAGAAUGGGUAAAUCUGGACAAGUUUUCCAUUUCCGAUAAAAAGCACCGUGCUGUAUUAUUGUGUCGAGGACACCAGAGCACCACUUAUAACUCACAUAUUCUUUAACGUCAUCACUAUACAUGUUAACCUGAUUAUUUUGGCUUGCCUUUUUUUUUUCCUCCAACCUCACAUCAGCUGUGCUGUGUCGUUAGGUCCUGGUUUACUACACUGCCAUGCUGACUGCAUUGGUCACCAUCUUUAGUUGACUUGCUUACUAUUGCUACUUAAAGUAUAAUGUCAGGGGAAACUCAUUGGAGCCUAGUUAGUCACAUUGAUGUAACUUUCUUACCUGGGUAUGAAACUUGCUGUUUUUGUAAUCCUGAAAUGAUUUUUCUGUCCUGGGGCAAUCUUCUACAUUCUCACCAAAGAUCAUUUAAGGUUCAACACCAAAUUGUUCAUUAUGCUGGGCAGCUCAAUGCCAGCUGAGGGAUUGUUAUGUGAAUAUCGAAGCAUUUCACUGUGUGAACAGCAUAGAAAAGUGCCUUUUCUAUUCCAGUGGACUGAAACAAAUUUGUCUGAUUUAUAUAUAUUUUUUACAUUCUGACAAAAUGUCUUCUGUGGGAAGUUGUGAUUUAAUCCCCUGCUUCUUAUAAAGAAGCACGUGGAAAUACGUGGAAAGUCCAUAUAUUUAUGUUAGCCAUACUUCAGCUGGGAGACACACAACAUUAAAUCAAGUAUAUAAAUGUUCUUGUGUUUGAUUGACACAAAUGAGUAUUUAAUCCACUACCCUACCUAUCGUGUUGAGCAGGACACACACUAGCGUUUGUUUGGAUUGUGCUGAGAGUUGAAAUUCGUCUUUCACUCAAAUGCCAAAUUCAUGUAGAACCUUGAGUGUUUUAUUGAGGUAUCUCUUUGUUAAAAUUGAUUAAAAAAAACAAAAACAGUCCGAGGUGGAAAACGUCCAGGUGCAACAAAUGCAACAUCAGUUCUCGUAAGUCAACCAUCACUCUUUACUCGGCCUGACCAUUAACUGACAUUUGAAGACUUGUAUACGUACGUCCGAGUCCACUCCGUUGAAAUCAGCAAACAAAAUGACAUAUGCCAUAUGCUUCUUAUGUCAUUUCUCACUGUCUCAGUCAAACACUAACAAGUGCUUACAGACUCGGAUUACUUUUAUACGCUCUUGACUGCAUUUGAUUUUCUAACAGUUUAUUAAAAUUGUUUUACAAAUGUCCA